AUGGAUUCGGCUGCCACCAAUAUUUUGGACGAUCACCCCACUGGAGAAGCUACAGCAUCCCAUAUGGAGUCCCUUUUUCACCAGGAUAAUGAUGCUAUUCUUCAAACGAGCGACUCGUGUUUAGACUCAUCUGAGUCGAAGCAGGACGACCGUUUCCCUCAAGUUGAUUCAGCAACACCUGUUCCAGGACGUAAACGCAAGCUUCACCCAUCCAGAGGAGAUCACAUUGAUGGCAACCCCUUAGGCGAGCCCUCUUCCAAGGAAAGCCCUAGUGGAUACAUACAUAUAUGUCACAACGAUUCAGAACGCGCAAAGAAGCGCAAAUUAGAUCAUGAUAGGACCGCAUCUGAUAGGUCGCUGCUUCCCAUGGAGAUUUGGCAUUACAUUUUCUCAUUCCUCGAUCCCAAAACCUUAGGUGCUUUACUUCGUGUUAAUAAAUCUUUCCAUUUAUUUCUUGCAUCCAAACAGCCCACCCCAGCAGAGAAUUCUUCUUCGACUCAUGGUAUCCUCAAGCCACUAUCUGCCAAUUCCAUUUGGUCAUCUGCCCGAAAGUCAUAUCAUUCUGGAAUGCCACGACCGUUGGCCAAUAUGACUGAACUGGACAUGUGGAGAUUGAUCGGGGCAACCACUUGUCAAGCCUGUGGAAAGAAUGGCCUAACCAAUCAGCUGCCCUCUACAAAUCUCACUCCUUGGGAAAGGGGUCCAGGAACUAAUGGAAUCUGUAUAUUCUGGCCCUUUGGAAUUAGGACAUGUUCAAAAUGUCUCCUUGAACAUACAAAAAAGGAUGUGGAUCUUGUUUUGUCAUCUUUCCCUAGUUUUCUUCUUCCAGGGCUUUCAUUUGUGCUUCUCACUUCCUCCAUGCAUAUGGUAUCCAGUGUGGCUCUGCGCUCAGCUGAUAUUCCAACUGACCUACAUCUUUCAAAAUACUACUCUAACUUGGAGAUCGACCAAUUGAUGAAUGAGUUUCAUCAUGUGAAAUCACUGGGUUCGGCUGCCUUGGAAGAAUGGAUGAAAGGAUUGGAAAGCAUGGGCAAAAGGAAAUUAAGCGAUGCCUCCCGUUGGGAGCAAUGGGAGAAUAGCGGUGGCUUUCGUGGUAUGCCUAGAUCAGAGCGCUCAUCGUUCUCUCCUACUGGGUCUGCCAAUAGAACCACUUUUUCAGGCUAUAUUCGUGACGCUCAUAGUCGUAGGUCUGGAUCCAGUUCACCGUAUCUACCCACAAAUUUUUCAACCAAGAAUCAACAGACUCGUGGCGAACGAAGUCUACGCGAAGUGGAUGAAGCAAAGGAUUCACGAAGGGCGGAAAUUGAGCGCCGUUGUUUAGCGCUACACCCACCUUUGACGGCCGCUGUUCUAAGCCAUAUGGAUUCCUUCUCAGCGGCAAUACAGAUUCCCCAUGAGCUUACUGACAAGGACUGGGAGUAUUUAAAACCGCGUCUACUAGCCCAGAGAGAAAUGGCUGAAAGCAAAGAAAUCGAACGUUUGAAAGAGUCUCAGCUUUUGCAAGCUAAGACAGAAGAACGCCGACAGCAAGAAGCGCGCUCAAAGCAAGACAAACAAGCUUUGGAUGAUCAAUGGGAAGAUGCGCAGCGUUUGAUCCGUGAUCAGAUCAAUCUCUAUGCUGACGAAAUUAUCAAGAAGAACUGGAACAAAGGGACAAAUCUCACGAAGGAUCAAUGCGCUCAAUUUGCUGCAGAAGUUUUGAUGCAUGUAAGAGCUAGAUUCUAUGCGCAUGUUGAAGAGGAAGAUGCUAUUGCUCGGGCAUCCGGUGUUGCUGUUAAAUCAGAUUCGAUAGAUGCGCCUCCCACGCGCAAGCUUAUCCUCGAGAACAUGAAGUGGGUUUUUGACAACAAAAUCAAGCUUCUGACGCAACAGUUGGUAAAGGAGCUGUUCCUUUGUAACGGCUGUGAAAAUAAUUCAAGAUAUUACGGCUUUGAAGGAGUAGUCCAACAUUAUGCUGCGAAACAUACAACUGCCUUGAGUUCUGGCAAUGUGAUAGUGUUCUGGCGCGCCGAGUGGCCCGAAAAACCUCCAUUCCACCCCAAUCCGAAUGCUGCUAAAGCCCUACUCCAUGCUAGCUCUCAAGGUGGGUUUGGUCAGCCACAUAGCUUUCCACGACAGCAAGGCGCAUCUGGCAUUUAUAUUGGAACUCCCGAACAACGACAUACCAUUCUCACUGAUUCGAACCCUUCAUCUCGUGCUACAUACGGACGUUCUCCCUUCCGAAGUCCCUAUACAUCUGCUUACAUGCAUGGUCCAUUCCAACCGCCGUCGCCUCGUACCAGUCCCUACUACCCCGGUUAUAUGUUUCCUCCUCCGUCUCCGGCAAUGGAGUCUGCACCAAUUGAUCCUUCGUCAGCAUACAGCUCUCCUUAUCAUGCCCAUGUGGUCCCAGUGAAUCACCAACACCAUGUUACCCAGGCGCCUCAUCCAUAUCCAUCCCCUGCUUACGGGACUUCUUCGCCAUCUAAUCAAGGUCUGCUCUAUAAAUUACCUCAAUCUGGGCAUAGCAAUGUUCUUGGGCCUUCUAGGAAUGCUGCUAAUCCAGACAACUAUCAAUUCCAACUGGACAACAUGGCUCGGGUCGCUCGCGAAGUUUGGAAUGCUACCUCGGGGAUCAAAGACUUUGCUAACAGUAUACGCGCCCAUGUUUUAAUACAUCAUGUGGCCACUACUAUGCAGCUUCUGUUUCAUUUCGAUGCCUCCAUUGCUCUGUUCCUAGAUGGAUUGAACAACCGUGCACAAAUGAAACCAUUGCGCGGCCUGAAUGGACUUGAUUGUAAACACUGCAUUGACGGAGGAAAUAUAGAGCCAGGUUCACAUCUGGGUAAUUCAAAGUCAUAUGCUUUUCCAGCUCUUUUGAGCCAUUUCCAGUCGAUGCAUAUGCAACACGCCAGGCAUGGCGUUGACAUGGAACCCCAGGAGGAGAAAUCUGGCCCUGAUUGGAAGAUAGAUAUGAUUGCUCUUCCUGACUUAUCGACAUUGAAAUUACUGCAGCAUAACCCAGGCAUGGACGAUUUCAAGUUGCGAAUUAUUUCUCAAGCCUUGCCUGGAGUUUUCCAAUCUUCAUUACCGAAACUUCCUCCAGAAACCUUCAUGACAAAACGUUCUCCAGCUGUGCACCACGCAUAUAUGGCAGACCAGCGGCUGAAUCAUCAUUCGCCGAAUAUCCACCAUGCCCAGAGAGUGGAAUACUCAUCUGUCCCCGGACCUAGGGAAUUUCCACCGGAUACUGUUCCAAUUGACACUAUAUCCGGAAGAAAUUAUCUUUCGCGUGACCCGAUUUCUCGGCAUGAUAGUCCAAGUGCGCCGCCUCUCUAUGAUGAGAGUCGCAGUUACGAUCGUGGUGCUCAUUAUCCGGCACGGUCUCCUCGUAGGUUGAUCGUUCGGGCCCGGUCCCCUCGUUAUAUUCGUUUACACCACGAGUAUGAUUAUAGAGAAGAUGAUGCAGAUGAUUUAAGCUCGGGACAUCAUGACAGAUACUACAUACCAGUAUCAACACGGCCAACUAUGUCGGAUCGCUCCAAGUAUGGAUGCCGGUCUAUACUACCCGAACAAUAUGAGGGAGACAUUCCAUUACAGCAGCAACGCGUCGAGAGACAACCCCAUCCCACUCGGCCGUCUGAAGGGCAAGAAACUUCCGAAGGAUCGAUCCUCCCAAACCACCCCACUUCUGUUAUCCCUAGCCAUGAAGAUUCUCACCCAAAUGCUGGAGAGAUUACCGCCGCAGAUCAAUUUCUGAAUACAUUAGUACCAGGUCAGGAGACGAGCUCGGAACUAUCAAGGAACGACUCGUCGUCGUCAACUUCAAAAUAUACAGGCUCGCGCCGCCGUAUUCCAGCAGGUGACGACACUACUGUGGCAUAUUACAGCCAGGACAAUGCCUGGAGCCAACGAUGGGAUGACCAUCCUGGUUCUGUCAGAACACAUGAAUCAGUUCCACGAGAGGGUAGAUAUCGUGCCAGAUCUCCUGAAGUGAUUCAACUGCGGUCAUACGGACGCAAGCCUUCUAGCGGUACUGCUUCUAGCAUUACAAUGGAAUCCAGUAAAGUGCCACCCCAUUCAGGCACAAGUCGAUUCGACAGAUAUGAAGCUCUGCGUCAAGAAUCCCUUCGGGGCAGUUCAAAGUCUCCUUCCAUUGUCAAGGAAGAUAUAUCGCGAGAUGCACCGCUACUCUAUUACGAUGAUCAAGAUCCGCGCUCUCAACAGUCUCGACUACCACCCCAGCAGCAACAACAGAAUAUAGGUGAUAGGGAACGUGAUCUCCCUGGUCGAGGAUAUGUCCGAAUGGAAAGAGAAAAUAGUAGACGUAACUAUAGAACUGGAGGCAUCGUUCGCGACCCGGCGUACUAUGAUGACGCCAUGGAGUAUUGA